AUGUCUGGCUCUAUACCUGGUGGCGUGGAUGCAAGCGCCUAUGGCGAAGGACGAGAGCGAGGAGCACGGAGGAAGAAACUCGCGGGGUAUUUAAAGGCUGCCAACGACAUUAGGCAAUCAUACCAGCAGUCUUAUUCUCAGAAAUGGGCUGGAGACAAUGAGCAUGAUGGUAUGGAAGGGAUCCCAGGCUCUUUCCCGGAUGUGGCCAUAGUAUCGCAUGGUGAUGAGCAGCUUAUAUUAUUUCCUUCAUAUGCAAAGAGACAUACUAAAGAGCCACCGAAUCCGGAAUCCUCUCGCCGAGAUAGUGCUACAGAUGGACCGGGUGAUGCCGAGUAUUGGGACAGAGAAUGGCAGAAGUAUCAGGAUGACCGGGCUAUCGUCGAUGUCGACGUUCGAGGCUGGAUAUACUCGCCCCAUCGAGGCCCAAUGACGAGGAGGAAUAGGUUACUUAUUGGGCUCGCUCGUCAGUUAAGUGGAAUCCCAGCGCCUAAAACGCCCAGUAGAGAUGAAAGCCCAGACUCAGUCUCGUCUUUACGAGCGAAACAUAGAGAACAUGAAUCUCGGCGUGAGCAGGAAAGAAUUGCCCGUGAGGCGGAACAAAUACUCAAAAAGGGCGAAGGAGAGAACAAAAUCGCUGCUCGCGGAGGUUAUAGCGAGGGACCCCAAGAUGACUCUGACUCUGAUAGUCCCUAUUAUGACCGCUCAAAGUCAGGACGCGGUACUCCAGCACACACACCUGACGAUGCUCCUGGACCCGGCCAUCUCUCCACUCGACCGUCGUGGAAUCAUCCUUCUGAUAUGACCCAAGCAGAACUAAUGACAGCCAAUUCUCAUUUGAUGGCGCGGCUGGGGCCUUUCAUGACUACCCCUCUGAUAUCGACCCCUAUCACGAUCUUCUUUUACGAUAAAGAGUCAUCCGUAUCUCGAACUGUAACGACUAAUGACGCUGGUCAUUUCAGCAUGAGAGCGCCACUAGAGUUUAUCCCCACUCACGUAAGAGUGCUUGCAUCGGAGAAUCUCUCGGCAACGGACGAAGUCAAAAUUACAGAACCAAAAGGUGUGAGCAUCAUCAGCGAUGUUGAUGAUACCAUUAAGCAUUCCUCCAUUAGUAGCGGGGCUCGAGAGAUUUUCAGAAACACCUUCAUCCGCGAACUGGCAGACCUCACUAUUGGUGGAGUCAGGGAGUGGUAUAAUACUAUGUACGAUAUGGGUGUAGGUGUGCAUUAUGUAUCCAACUCUCCGUGGCAAUUGUUUCCUGUGCUGGUAACGUUUUUCCAGAAGGCUGGAUUACCUCCCGGGUCAUACCACCUAAAGCAAUAUAGUGGGAUGCUCCAGGGGAUAUUUGAGCCCGUGGCGGAAAGAAAAAAGGGAACCCUAGAGAAGAUCAUGCGAGACUUUCCAGAGAGGAAAUUUAUCCUUGUUGGUGACAGUGGUGAGGCGGACUUGGAAGUAUACGUCGAUGUUGUCCUCGCGAACCCUGGGAAAAUUAUUGGCAUCUUCAUUCGAGAUGUUACGACCCCAGACAAUCAUGGAUUUUUUGACCCUUCAAUGGGGCCCCUUAGCGGGGAUCGUCGGCGAGAUAGGAGCCACUCUUCAGAUAGCAGGAUACAGCUGUCUUCAACACCCAAUAUCAGCGAGUAUCGGCCUCCGAUUCCUCCAAGGGCAGUUUCUGAAGCCCCACCUCAGACGAGUGACAGGCCGGCCUUGGGAAAACUAAUUGAUUUUGAGGAGGAACUCGAGGAAAUAAGCGUACAUAAGCCUCAUCGCCGUGUAAUGCCUCAUUCCGCAUCCACCUUUGAAUUACUGGAAACCCCAAAAAGAAAACCUGUUUCAGAAGCGGCUGGAAAAGCACCGCCACCUCGGCCGACUAAACCUCUCGCACUUCGAGGCAGAUCGACAACUGAUCUAACUUCUGAGUCACAGCUAGACACCAAAAAGACUCCUCCACCACCUCCUCCACCACGUCGUAGUCAACCCCUGGCUAAUGCCGCUUCUCAUCCGUCAUCACAACCUCGGAACCCUGCAGAUCUCGGUUCAUCAAGUGAAGGCUAUAUCUCGAGCGCCCGCCAGAAGGUCACAGCAGCCUACAAUUCGCUGCCUGAAGUCAGGUCUUAUAUUCCCGGGCAAAGGGAACAGGAACGAGGACCGACAAACUCUGGUUCUGAAAAGCCACCUCCAUUACCCCCGAGGGCUAAUGCCGAGGCGGCUACGGAGACAGUCACCAAGAGGACGUCGCUGAGUAAUAUUAAUUCGUCCGACGACGAGACACCUGUCAACAAAAAGCUCGAGCUUUGGAAACGACGGUGGAAGCGUGCGAAAUAUAUUCUUGACUCAAAAGGUGUUCCGUUGCGGAGUUGGAGAGUUGGAGAGGAUGUCUGUCUCGAAGCCGUACAAUUGGUAGAGAAGACCAUGAAGGAACUUGGUGUUGAGGGUUAUGGGAAGGGAACCAAGAAGACUGGCAAAGGUGGUGGAGAAGUGAAAGUCAAAGAUAUAAAGCGAUAA